AUGAGCGCAGCAGUCGCGCACAUUUCUCGACAUGUCGCCUCGCCAGCGGUACGAAGCAUUCGCCCGACCAGGGCACCACCAAAGAUACGCAAGCCAUUAAAGCGCGACGAUAAAGGCCUUCCCAUCCCCCAUGUUAACAUCAUCGUUCGUGACACGCACGCCUCCCGUCUCCGGGACCAUUACUACGACACAGUUCGCGACGAUGUCAUGUACAUGACCUACAAGCACGAACCGGUUCGCAAGCCAUUCCGCCAAAUUCGACCCAAGUUCGACCCGAACGAUCCUUACACAAAAUUCCGUGACAACCCACCGGUUGGAGGGGACCAAUACUUCAAAAGACCUCCGCCACCCGUCACGUCCGACAAUGUUGUCGUCCUGGAGUGUAUUCAGUUGCACACGAUGGUUAAGGACGCGCUGAGCAGUCGAAGUAACCUUCUUGGACCUAUUAUGGCAUUUCGUGCGCUGUCGGGUGAAUCUGAACGUGCUGGAAACCAACGCACAGUAGAGGGCGUGCAAAUUGUCCGAGGAAAGAAGAACAUUGGCGGUUGGGUACGGCCAGGACAGCCUGUUGGUGUAAAAGUCGACCUGAAAGGCCCGAAGAUGUAUGAUUUCCUGGGAACGCUCGUCGAGUUUGUCUUUCCCCGGCUGCGCGAGUUCCCUGGGCUCCUCAUGCCGGGUUCGUCUACUCAACUUACCACUCCCAGCGCUGCGUCCGGCGUAGUCUCGUUCGGUCUGCCUCCAGAAGCAAUGUCGCUCUUCCCUCAAAUAGAAGUGAAUCUGGAUGCAUAUCCAAAAUCCUACGGCAUGCACAUCCAUUUCAUCACGAACGCUACAGGAGCCGGUGCUCAGAAUCGUGCGCGAGUGCUUUUGUCUGGAUUCCAGGAUAUUGAAACCGGUCUUGUACAACGGUCGCACACGCCAAAUGGCGUACCACAGUCUCAAGAGGAGGCUGCAUUUCUCAGUCUGCAAUCGUCGCUCUCACUCCAGGUGUUCAAGAUCAAUUCUAAUGUGCAAGGCAUUCUUAAGCUCGUAGAUCAGCUUGGUACGAGCCGGGACUCUGUGACGCUCAGGAAAUCUCUCCAUGAUUUGACCGAGGUAACGCGUGCCAUGGCAAAGCGCGGAUCAGACGACCUGAAGAAACUAGCCGCAUUGCAAGCUCCUUUGCCACGGCAUAAGACAUCGUUGCAAAAGACCUCUCAUGACUUUCAACUUUCCCUCGUCGCAUUCCAGCGCGCGCAGCAAGUCAGUGCAGAGAGACAACGUACCGUGGUUCAGGGUGUAAAGAUUGCCGUUGAAGAGGAAGCAGCACCCGAGGAACGACCUUCGAGCCCCAGCCCCUCUCAGCGGCAGGCACAGAUUUUGCAAAAUCAGCUCUCGCCACAGGAAUUAGUUUUUCAGGAAUCGCUUAUUCAAGAACGGGAGGCGGAGAUCCGGGAGAUUGAGACAGGCAUCCAUGAGCUCUCGGAAAUCUUCCGUGAUUUGGGCACUCUCGUUCAAGAACAGGGUGGCAUGCUCGAUAACAUUGAGUCAAACAUAUCAUCUAUUGCUGUUGACACUGCCGGUGCUGCGGAAGAGCUGAGCACUGCGCACGAAUAUCAGAGGAAAGCGGGGCGACGUGCACUGUGUCUGAUGAUGGUGCUUGUCGUCGUUGUUGCUGUAGUUCUCCUGGCAACACCAACUAUGACUUCUCCGAACAAAUCGUCUUCAGGCAUGAGUUCCAACAAACUCCUUCGUGCCUAUCAAUUAGGAGAUUCGCUAGGGAAGGGCGCGUUCGGACAAGUCUAUCGCGCCCUCAACUGGGCGACCGGUGAGACCGUGGCGAUUAAGGAGAUCCAGUUAAGCAAUAUUCCAAAGGGUGAAAUCGGACAGAUCAUGUCUGAGAUUGACCUGCUAAAGAACUUGAAUCAUCCGAACAUCGUCAAAUAUAAAGGCUUCGAGAAGACGCCGGAGUAUCUGUACAUAAUCCUAGAAUUCUGUGAGAAUGGUUCUUUGCACAAUAUUUGCAAACGCUUUGGGAAGUUUCCCGAAACCCUCGUUGGUGUAUACAUAUCGCAGGUUCUGGAAGGCCUGAUGUACCUCCAUGACCAGGGUGUGAUACAUCGGGAUAUUAAAGGCGCCAAUAUACUCACUAACAAGGACGGCUGCGUCAAACUGGCGGACUUCGGUGUAGCUAGUCGUACAGCCGCGGGUGCGGUCCGCGACGACGCAGUUGUUGGUAGCCCGUACUGGAUGGCGCCCGAGGUAAUCGAGCAAUCUGGAGCAACGACGGCAUCAGACAUCUGGAGUGUAGGCUGUACGGUGAUUGAGCUUCUUGAAGGGAAACCACCGUACCAUUUUCUGGAUCCUAUGCCCGCGCUUUUUAGGAUCGUCCAAGACGACUGUCCACCCAUUCCCGAGGGUGCCUCGCCGAUCGUGAAGGACUUUCUGUAUCACUGCUUUCAGAAAGACUGCAAUCUUCGUAUAUCUGCUAAGAAGCUACUGCGACAUCCAUGGAUGGUGGCGGCGCGGAAGCAGAUGGCUGGUAACCAGGCUAGUCGAGGAGGCGGUGACAAUAAGGGCGAUGCUACGGAGAGAAGACCCCCAAGUAAUUACAAUUUCGAUGAAGCGGUCUUGAAAGUUCAAGAAUGGAACGAAGCAUUGAAGUCUCCUUCACGGCCUUCUCGACAUCCGGAACGACGCAGAACGUCUGCCACAGAUGGUCCGCCACAUUCUCCUACGGCACCUCCGGCACAUAUGCCAACCUCACUGCAGCCUAUCGCAUCGAAUAGUGCCCCCAAUCAAUCAUCUGUAAUGUAUGGGGUGCGCAAGCCCGUGCCUUUACAUCCCAGUAAAGGUUCUGUGGCUGCUCCUCCACUGGGCCAUAUACGAGAAGCACUACCCAUGCCGUUCAUUCUACAAGUCCCAGAAGAGCAAACGGAUAAUUGGGAUGAUGAUUUUGAGGAAGGAAUUUCCUUGACGAAAAUACAAGCUCUGGAGAAGACAUCUGCGGAAGAAGAGAAGGUCGAGAUAGAUGACAACGCUCAGACAAUUCGUCCAACUCGCAGCCCUCCGGGACCGGGGACCGCCAUCUCCCUUCCUCUCGUAGCCCUUCCUGAACCAGUUGUUUCGCCAGGUGUCGAGGACUACUCAGAUAUCAUGUUUGAAGAUGAUGAUGAUAAAUUAGAAGCAAAGGUCGCGGACUUCAAGAUGAAAAACUCUGUUCGUCGUGGCCUUUUCCAUCCCGAUGAUAUCAAAACCAUUGGUGUUCAACCUCCAUCACCUGGCCCAAUGACAGCGCCAUUACCUUCUGUUUCUCAUCACCGCUCUCGCCCAUCCCUGAGCCCUAUUGCACCUCUUUCAGCAGCGAUCUCUCCGAGCGCAGUUUCUACUCGUACGCAUGCACGAACGUCGUCUUUUGGGGGACCAAGUAGCGGUUCCUUCGGGCGAGCAGAUUCUCGUCGAUUCCCCAGCCAGCCCGAGUUCGGAAAGUAUGCAGAAGACGAUGACGAGGAUUACGACGAUAUAUUCGGGAAAGCAAACGGGACUACCUCACAUCCCAUACAGACGCUUCAAUUAAACACUCGUCUUUCGAAUAAAUCUUGGCGGGGAGAUGAAGAUGAUGACGAGGAUCCUUUUGCUGAGAUUGACGAGGGCUUUGCAGAGGAAGAUCUGGAGUCUAACUUACAGCGUGACAAAUAUGCGCGCUUGUCUAAUGCGGUAACACAGCUCAUAGAUGAGCUGACUCCAUCUGCUCCGGACUUCCAGCUUCGAGAUGCUUGUGAUCAGCUUCUUGCUAUCAUGAUGGACACACCGGAGAUGCAAACGCAGCUGGUCUCUGCGCACGGAAUGUUGGCCAUCCUGGAGGUCUUAGAGGGCAGAUCUUCGAGGGAUGUAACCCUGAAGCUGUUACAAAUCGUCAAUGCGCUUGUUACCGCUGAUAUGGGUUUCCUGGAGAGUUUCUGUUUAAUCGGGGGAAUUCCCGUUAUUAUGGGCUUCACGUCAAAGAAAUAUCCACCAGAAUGUCGGACGGAGGCAUCACACUUUAUACGCUUGUUGUGCCAUUCAUCUGUUCUGACCCUCCAGAUGUUCAUUGCGUGCCGAGGUUUGAAGGUCCUGGUAGAUCUUCUUGACGAAGAUUUCACUGAACAGACAGACCUUGUCAUACACGCACUAAAUGGUAUUUGUAGCGUGUUCGACCUACAGAGCCCGACGACGAAGAAUGAUUUCUGCCGUAUGUUCAUCCGAGAAGGGCUCCUAGAUCCGCUGUCUUCCGCUCUCUUGAAUGUCAUGUCAAGUCGCGGAGAAGUUGCAGCGGAUAUGAAUCGCAAGAUCAUCCAAAUCCUGCUUGUAUUUUGUCAGGUUUCGCAGUCAGACAUUCACGUCCGAAAUGCUCUAGGCACUCGAAAGGUUGUUCGACGCCUGCUGAGAGCGUGUGAACUCCUUGAACCGGAAUACCUCGUGCACAUGCUGAAGGCGGUCAAGCAUUUGUCCAUGAAUGCAAACCUCCUGGAAGUUCUGCAGAAUGCGAACGCCAUCGAGAUCUUAGUCAAGAUAUUGGAUGAGCAGAGCUCAGGAUUGUAUGGCACGGAAAUGUCCAAUCACAUUUUCCAGACAUGCUAUAAUCUCUGCCGCCUGAACAAGACGAGACAAGAGGAAGCUGCUCAAGCUGGCAUUAUUCCUAGCCUCAAGCGGGUGAUUGAGUCGAGUUCACCGUUGAAACAAUUCGCACUGCCCAUUCUUUGCGAUCUUGCUAGUGCGGGGAAGAGCUGCAGAACUUUGUUGUGGCAGCACGAUGGGCUAUCAUUGUAUCUGCGACUGCUCGAAGACCCCUACUUCCAAGUCAGUGCGUUAGAGUCCGUCCUAUCAUGGUUACAAGAUGAGACAGCUAGGAUCGAAGACCAACUGAUGAAGCCAGAUGCAUUGGAGGCACUCCUGAAAUGUUUCGUUUCUGCGAAGUCCAAUUCGUUUGAGAACUUGCUCGAUCCACUCCUUAAGAUGUGCCGUCUCUCGACUGGAAUUACCAUCGGCAUUGCUAAGUCACAAUUCUUCAAGCGCAUCAUUGACAAGUUGGGCCACAGCAAGGCUGUGGUGCGGCUAAAUUUGUUGCGAAUACUGCGGACGGUUUGCGAGGCGCAUCCGAAUCGCGCGAUGCUUGUGGAGCGCUUCGGGAUUUACGAUAUCGUGGCGAAACUGAGCAGAGAGGAUGGCGCUGUGCUCGUACGGGAGCUUGCCCGGGAAAUUGUACCAUCCCUUGCGCCCGCCCUGAAACCCAUCUCGAGCAGAGCAGGGCGGCCACACCCGGACACGCCCAAGGGUGGAAAGAGCGCAUUGGCGCCGAAGAAGAUGCGGCGGGCUGCAUCUGAAUCGCUAACGAGCAGCCCUGUCGCAGUCAUGGGCAGUGGACAAGUUCGGGCGACAUCCCGUAGGACUGGCGGAAUAGGGAGGCCUCCUGCGAGACAGAAGCUGAACGACAUCUCGUGGCAGGCAGGGACAGAGCUGCGGUAA